UGUAGGAAAUAUUUUCCUCCACGCACGCACACACACGCGCACACACAUUGUCGCCGCCGCCGCCGCCGUUGUCGUCGUAGUCGUCGUUUUUCGGUCGUCGCGUUUCGUAUCGCCGGUGCACACGACCACCGCCGCGCCGCCGAUAUCGUUGUACGCCGUUCGCUCAGUUCGCUGUCGACGGGACCGCUGCAAAACGAGAUGAAUAUAAGUCAAUAAUGGGCGGAAUGGAUACAGACCAAUUAUAUUCCGUGCGCUGGAAUGAAUUCCACACGAGUAUUAUAACAUCAUUCAGACAUUUACUCGAUCAAGAAGACUUUAUAGAUGUUACUAUCGCUUGUGAUGGUCAAUCAUUUACUGCGCAUAAAGUUGUGCUUUCUGCAUGUAGUCCUUACUUCAGAUCUCUGCUCAAGGCAAAUCCAUGCCAACAUCCCAUUGUAAUCCUUCGCGAUGUUAAAAAACAAGAAAUGGAAGCAUUAUUAAGUUUUAUGUACAAUGGAGAAGUUCGUAUUAAUCAAGAACAUUUACCAGAAUUUUUGAAAACUGCUCGUAGCUUGCAAGUACGAGGUCUUGUUGAUUUUACUAAAGAAAACCAACCAUCUUCAUGGGGGAGUUCAAGCGUAGUUCCAGUUGAUGUAGUUGGAAAAAAUAAAGCCAGUGAUAAUUUACCUAGCCCACCAUAUAAAAGACAACGUAAUAACUCUGAACAAUUGAAUACUCAACCAUUGACUCCUAGUAGUAGUUAUAAUGUGGAUAGAGAUAAAGAUACACCCUCGUUGCUCGUUCAAGCAUUGGAAUUGAAUCAAUCGCAGUCAAGUCAGAAUAAAAAUACAGUAGACUCAUCAGUUACUGGUCAUUCUUCUGAUGAAGAGGAUAGUAAUUCUGGAGAUUCAGAUGGCAGUCAUACAGUUAAUGAUAAUACACGUUCAGAUGUAAAUCAACAAAACAAUGAUAUUGUUAUUCAACCUCAAAUAUCUCAGGCCCGACAUUCAAAACUAGAACCUGUAGAUUUUUUAUCAAGUAGUGGUAAUAAUCAUGACCUACACAAUACAUCAAUCUCGAUUGAGCAACAAUCCAGACAUUCUUUUCCUACUUCAAUUUCAUCUGGAGUUUCAAUUAUAAGUAGCUUACAAGGAUUACCGGGUCUAUUACCAGGUCCAUCAGGCAUACAUAACAAUAACCAGGAAAACAGCUAUGCCAGGAGAUCGAUCGAAAUGACCAGAGUAAGGGCAACCGACCCUAGACCGUGUCCCAAGUGCGGCAAGAUCUACCGUUCGGCACACACACUCCGCACACAUCUGGAGGACAAACACACUGUGUGUUCUGGAUAUAGAUGUGUGCUGUGCGGCACGGUGGCCAAAUCAAGGAAUUCGUUGCACUCACACAUGUCGCGUCAACACCGUGGUAUAAGUACCAAGGACUUACCUGUGCAACCAAUGCCGUCCAAUUUUGAUCCGGAAUUGGCGUCUAACCUGCUGCUAAAAGCCGGAGUCAAGGUAUCGCCAGCUGAACUACGGGCAAGGGCUUCACCAACGGACGUAGUCACCACCAGUCACCGUCGCGGUGACGGCAAGCUGGACUUGCAGUCAGCUAACAGCAGCGUGUGCGGCGGUGACGACCCCGAGGACUUAACCAUGAAUUCGUCCGGUCACCACCACCACAACAACAACAACCAUCACCACCAGCAAUACGGAAAUAACAACAACAACAACCAACAACGGUACAGCGAGUCGCAACAACAGCAACUAUUGCAGCAGCAGCAGCACCAUCUCCACAACAGCGGUGGUGGCAAGUUUCCCACGGCAAUGGACCUGAUCGACAAUUACGCACGGGCAGGUGGUGGAAGUGGAGGAGGCAGUGGUGGAGGCGCCCUGUCACCGUUUCUGCCGGCUUUUGCAGCUUGUGGCAAAGACCUGCAACCGGGCGACAGCAAGAUCUCGCCAUAUAACAACAAAGCGUUCCUGGACUCGUACCUCAAGGCACUAGUAGAGACCAACCCACCGCUUUUCUACGCGUCCAAGAUUGCCGGAGACAUGAUCAAGCACGAGAUCGCUCCCGAUGACGCGGAUUACUCGUCAGCGUCCGAUGAGGACGAUAUCGAUGAGGAUGACAUUGAUGAAGACGUCGACGAGGAUGUCGAUGACGAAGACGACGACCGCCGUCGUCGGCGUGGGCACAGCAACGGUGGUGGCACCGGUAGCGUCAAUGACACACCACUAUCGCUGCAGGCCGGCAAGAACUGAUGGGACAAAACUGCCCCCUAAUCCCCUCCCCUCUAGCAGGCCCACCCAACUCACUACCAUCUACACUGUUGCCGCUCAUCGGCGCGAAAGCGACAAAACAAAAGUGUAAAAAAAAAAAUCAAAAAAAAAAUUAGAACUUAGGCCUUUUAGUUUUGAGUGUAUAUUGAAUAAAUCCAUGAUUCUUGAUCUGCAAGUCUAAGAGAUGAGAGAGUACGUAUAUAAAAUAUUAUUGUUAUUAUAUAAUAGCUAUAAAGUGUAGCGAUCAGUUAGGUCGUGUGUUUGAUGUAUUCACGGACGCGGAACUACGUGUGUACCGUAAGAUCUAAAAUUUAUUUUUUUAAAGACAUCAUGAAUAUGUAUAUGUUAACGGAAAUUCUCAGAGGACAAUAAUUUCUAAUAUUAUACUUACUAAGCAAAAACUAUCAUAAAACACGGUAUAAAUUUUUUUGAUUCAAUGCCACAUGCAGAAGACAACGUAGAUCUAUUUUCUGAUCAGGUGUUUAUUUUUAUUAUUAUUAUUAUUAUUAUUAUUAUUAUUAAUCAUUUUUUUACGUUUUUAUUUAUUUAUUUACGACUAGUCAUUAAAUUGUUUAACAGUCUAACAUAGCAGUUCAAACAUGUUUGUUCCUAAAUGUUUUUAACAGAUUUUUUUUUUUUUUUUUUAAAAAAACAGUUUUUUCUUUUCAUUCGUGCCAUAGUAUAUAAUAUACACCUUAAAUAAUAAUAUGAUAUUUACGAAACUAUUUUACGAGUUAAACUCUCUCUCUAAUAUUAUAUAGAUACCAUACCAUUCCUCUUCAACUACCUCAAUCGUAGAUGUUAAAAUGUGUUUUUUGCUUACGCCAAGUAAUAAAUCGAUCAUAAUCUCUUAACAAAAGACUUGAAUUAUAUUGUUAUAUGUAUAAUAUAUUUUUUUUUUGUCUUUAAAAACAUGCCAUAUUAAAUUUGUUAGUUAAGAGUAGAUAUACUUCCUAACUAUAAACCAGUAUUAAUAAAAACAAUUUUAGUGAUUCAA